AUGCUUCGAUCUACUGCUGGUGCUCUUCUUGAUCCCUCGAGGGAGGUGAGGAGUGCUGCUGCAUCUUGCUUUGCAAGCUUCGCACGAAGGAAUCCACCACAAGAGCUGACAAAGGUGGUGUUUGAAAAACUACUCAGACAAGAGCAGGAGUUUCGAACGGAUGACACACAGAGGAACUCCUAUCGCAUUUCAUUGGCCCGGGCUUUGUGGGAGGUGUGCCGCAGAUGUGAUGACAGCAUAUUAGAGUCAGAACUGAAGUCUGCAAUAGCAGCCAAGGCCUUCACCUUGCGUUGGAGCACUGACGCUGAAGUGAAGACAGGCUGGGAAGCUCUUUGGGGAGAGCUUUGCCCAACCACGGUUGGUGGAGUGCAGCGCUACCGUCGCGAAAUUUGUGCAGAGUUGGCUGAUGCUUUUGCCGAAAGUGUUUCACGGGCUGACAAGGUGAGCGCCGCGAAGGCCGUUUCAGGGUUCGCAGCACAACUGGAAAAGGCAGAUCAACAACAGCGUUCCGCUGAGGACAAUGCUGUGUGCAGCCUUCUCGCCAGCUUGAAGGCCGCCGUCCAGACGCUGCCUACUUUUGACGGUUCUGGUAGCCUGGUCAGGGCCCUUGCAGAUCUUGCUGCGGUGUGCUAUCGCCGCAAGCGCGGUGAGGAACUUUCAGUCAAUGAGGACGUGGUCGGUAUUCCGUUGAUCCAAAGCUUUUGCUCCAAAGGCCCUUUGGCAGAACGUGCUGCUGUGGCCCAAGCCUAUUUGGAGGUGAUUACUGCAACGCGGCUAUGGCCACCUUUGGCAGAUGCCAACAAGCACUACAGCGAUGCCGCUAGGUUUGUUGAUCAGUUGCAAGAAGAAGUAGAGAAGGAGGAAAGGGAGCCCGGACAAACUGCUCCGAAGAUGCACCGCGGAAAGGGCUCCAGCCCAGCUGAAGAACUGCUCACGUCCACCCUCGACUUUUGGGCAACAGCUUUGCAGCAAUGCCGGCGGGAAAUCGAAGAUGAAGGUGAUCUAGAGCCACCGGAAGGUGACUUGGUUGCUUUCACAGGAGCAUCUCUUGCGGAGUUCAAGACAGGGUCGCUGACAUUACGCCUUGCCAUCAUCAGAUUGUGGAAGCACGUCUUCAAGCACUUUGCCCAGGAGCAACUCCCGCUCAGCAGCUUGAGCGACGAACACUUUGGGCGCGUGAUGUGGGCCAUCCAGGAUGCGUCGUGGGAUUCACGCUCUGAGAGACUUCGACGACCUGCGUUAGAGCUUGCGGCAAGCAUGGCCGAAGAUGGGCAACAAGCCAAGGCAUUGCUCCGCGGGAUCCAAGCUGAAGUUUCUCAAGCUUCCGCAGAAACAGCAGGAGCUGCAGCAGCAAGAGCUGUGCCUUUGGCAGAGUGGCUGGAGAGGAUAGAUUCUGCCACUGCUGAGCAGUGCUCGCGUGAGGUUUUGGCUCUUCGAUCCUUGAUAAGCUCAGGUUGA